GAUAUAUAAUUAGUAGUUCAACUCCCCGUUGAACGCCGGAAGAGAAGACGCUUCAAAGAGAAACGAGAAGGUGCCGGCCUAGCGUUCCCCCGGGCUCCGGCAAUGAUUUCCUGCUUGACUUCCAUCCCUAGGUCAGCUCAUGGAGAUGAUGCACAGUGUCAAGGCUAUCGUUGACGAGAACCUGGAGGCUGGCAGGGAGAUGCUCCACGCCAAUCUUGAUUUGAUGCAGAAUUGUUGUUGCGGAGGGUGGGGCUUCCCCCAUGCCUGUCUCUGGAAACUGAUGCUUCUAUGGAUGAUGAUGUGGAUGGGGAUGAUAAUUUUGUUGAUCAAGCUGACGCAGCCACAUUUGAGCCCACCACCACGGCCAACUCCCUUGCUUCAUUUUCCACCUCAGGAGAGCCAUCUUCACCCUCUGAGGAAGAAGAAACUCGACCGCCUAGCCAGACACCACCCAACAGCACUAGCAGAGGAGAUAAGAAGUGAAGUCUUUUGCUUGUGAGGGACUACAUCUGCAUCCUUCUGAAGAAGUUGCAACUGAUGUGGACCCCCAAUGUUGUUCUUGUCUCAGUUGUUAAAUAAUGAACUAAGGCCUAUUUUGUUUUGUUUAUGUUAUAUGUAUGGUGUGAUACUGACAAUGCUAUGUGCGCUUUCUGAAAUGACUAUGACAUUUCUCGUAGAUCGUGCAUCUUAUUUAUUAAAUGUUUUUUGUUCGUGUUGUUUACAGUGCUUAGAAUAGAAGUAUUUAUGCUGAUCAAGAACUAACUUUUUAAUACAUCUAGGUGCAGUAGGAAUGCUCUUAGAUUGAUAAUGCGGUGAAGGAAGUAGGAAAGAAUGGGUAAAUCCCAACUUCUGUCAAGUGGAACAAAUUAGGUUUAGUGUUAGUUGUUGUAUUUGUUUCGUGAAUUAGUGAUUUUUAUGAAUUGAAAUUUUUUAAAGGAUGGCCAUUUGGUCCUGUUUAUAAAGGUUUGUUGAGUUGAGUUACAAUCAAUGAGGGAAUAGGAGAAAAUGAAGAAGCGGAAGAAGUUUCUGAGACAUUAUCAGCCAAUAGUUAGAGGAGUGGGUCUGCUUUUUGAAUUCUUUUGCCUAACCAUUAGCGAUGAGCUAAUGCCGCUUAAUUAGACAGUGAUGGCAGCAGUAUUUGCUAUGCUGAACACUGUAAAUUGUGGAAGAAAAUGCUACCUGCUUGUGAAUUGUGGAUUAAUGCUCAAGAACAAGGUAAAUGGUUUAGUGGGGGUUAAUGUGCCGCGGUCGAAGUAAUAUGCCCUAUUCGGAAUAUUUUUUUAUGGUUCUUUUCUUAUGAUUCUCUGUAGACAUAUGUAUUUUACAAUUCUUUUUGUUUUUAAUUUAUAGUGUUUUCAAUGUUGGUAAUUUGUUUAGGCAUGCCUAAUCAUAUCCUUUUCUUUAUGACUAGAUUAUGCAAGUCUUUAUCUUAUUCACCUCACAAAUGGUGGUGCACAAUGAUUCUCAAAUUACUUAUUGUUCUUUUUUUAAAUGAUGUUUUAUUCGUCUUAUUGAUUUUCCUAGAUAACUUCUUGAUUAAGUUUUUCAAUAGUUUAUUGUAUAGCUUGAGUGGGGGAGUGGAUGUUUUCCUAACUGUUUAAUUUUCAGUAUUAGGCUAUAAAUUAUAUUGUCAUUUUCUUAUCUUCAUUGAUCUUUAAGUUUUUAUGUUUUUUUUUUCUUUUUAGUUUUACUGAUUAAUUCAUUUAUUUAUUAUGUGAUUUUACUUUUCCUUUGAACCUUAUUUGCUCAUAGUUUCUUGUUUGAGAUUGGUCAAAUUGCUUCCUUGCCAUCUGUAUUAACAAUGGCCAUUUUACCUUUAUAUGAUUGUGGACAUGACAUUGUUUUCCCUUGCUUUUCCUGGUGUUAACAAACAUUUAAAAUAUGUCAAUUUUUGAUGACAUAACUGGGUCAAGUAGUAAUUGUUUGAACCACAAAUUUUAUAUUGUAUUACAAUGUUUUAGAAACCCAGGAGCUAGAUCAUGUGGAUAUGAUGUAAAAAAAAUUAUUUCCAAUCAAUUGACAUCUUUGCCGAUUUUCUUAUUGAGCAUUAUGCCAUCUUUGCUUUAUGAAAUGACCAUGAAUUUUUGCUCAGAUUGUCGAUAUUAUAUUGUUCAAUAUUUUUUAUUCAUACUAUUUACGGAACAUAUAUUGGAAGUAAUUUAGCUGAUCAAGCACUAAUUCGUUAAUACUUCUUGGCGUCUUUGAAUGCUUUUAGGUUUGUUUAUUUAUAAUGUGGUGAAGGAAGUGGGAAAACAGGGCCAAAGCACCACUUGUAUAAAUUAGAAGCAAGUUAGGUCUUGCGCUACUUUCUUGUGCUUGUUUUGUGGUUGGUGAUAUUAUGAAUUUAAUUUAAAAAAAAAUGGUCAUCUCCUUUAGUUGUGAUAGGAUUUGUUUGAAUUCAAGGAAGCUGAACAUGAGUGAAUUGAAGAAGUGAGAGAUGAUUCUCACACUCUAGUAGCCAAUGUUAUCCCCCAUGGAUGGAUUCGGUCUACUUUAACUCUUUCAGUUACUUCACCCAGACGUUCUUAAUUAAUUAAUUAAUGAUAGUAGUAGCAUCUGGUGUGCAUUGAGCACCAUAAAGCAUGGGAAAAAAAUGCUACAUAGGAAAGAAUGCUACCUACUUGGAAAGUCUAAGUUAAUGGUUAAAGACAAAUUUAAUGCUAAAGUGCAUUUUUAAUGUGCUACAUCCGUUAUCUUGUUUUAUUACAUUUAUGUUUUACUUUUUUAUUUUUAAUUUUAUAACUUCUCAUGGUUGAUAAUUGUUAAAGAAGUCUAAUUGCGUCAUUCUCACAUGAUAAGUAGAUUUUUUCUUU